UCUAUUGACGUCAUUUAGCGUCGAGCCACACUUUAAGUCAAUUCAAACUUUUGCUCAGAUUUGUUUCCAUGAUGGACGUUAGUGCGGACGUACGGAGCACCUGUGAACACCUUUAGCAGACGUUGAAUUUCACAAGCCGCUGUCAGUAUAGCUAAGCUAGCCGUGUCUUUCUCCUCGGAGCCUUUUUCACCUGCUGCUGACCCGAACUAAACUGUUGGGAGCUGAAGCGGACGUUGACGCUUGCGUGAAUGUACAGCACCGCCAAGUGACAGCCACCAUGUCAGGUUUAACACUACAGAGCGCUAACCUGCAGGAUCUGGAUGAGGGGGAUAUUCUUGACCCAGAGUUUCAGCAGCGUUUGGAGGAUGCUCGUACUCUGCUCAGGCAGGAUAUCCAGCGAGAGCUGAAGAUUAAGGAGGCAGCUGAGAGGUUGCGGCGAGCCGUUACCAAUCGCAAGAGUGCAGCCGAUGUGGAGGGCCAACUCAGGGCCUCGAGCCGCAAGCUGGAAAAGAUGCACAGGGAUCUGCAGGAGCUCAAUGCCAGGUCUAUGGCCACAGAGAAGGACAGCACCGCAGGUUACUUGGAGGAAGAAGACAACCAGUCAGCAGAAUCGUGUCAGUGGGAAGAGGUCACGUCACCAUUGGCCAGUCGACUCAGAACCCUGAAGAAACAGCUUACCAUGGAGACCAAAGUCAAACAGGGUGCUGACAACAUGAUUCAGACUUACACCAACAGCUCAGUCAAGGAUAGAAAGAUGCUAUCUGCAGCCCAGCAAAUGUUGCAGGACAGCCGCACGAAGAUCGAGCUGCUGCGCAUGCAGAUAAUCAAAGUCAGUCAAGCCAGAGAUGGAGAACGGGAUGGCUCAAAUGGUCACCCCAUGGAGAUGAUCAGUCCUCUGGAGCUGCGAGUGGCUGAACUCAUGCACCACAUGAAGAUUGAAGCGGCUGUGGUAGAAGGCGCCAAGAACGUGGUGAAGCAGCUGAGCGGUCGUAAGAUCCAGGACCGUCGCAUACUUGCAGAGGCCCAGGCGCGAAUGCAAGAGUCAUCUCAGAAGGUGGAUCUGUUACGUCUCUCCUUGGAGAGACGUUUAAGUGAGCUGCCUCAGGACCAUCCCAAAUGUGCUGCCAUAAAAGAGGAACUAGCGUCGGCAGCCUCGCCUUCCUACGGCACACCAAAGAAGCUAUCCAGCACUCCGUCCUCUUCUUCUUCUUGCUCCUUCUUCAAACCAGCCAGUCUAACAGGUCGGUUGGAGGUUUGUUUGAAGGGCUGCCAAGACCUGCUGGAGUCGGUUCCGGGCCGUGGUCGCGUGACCAGUGUCUCGACCACCCCGGGAAGCCUCUCAGAUGGAAAGUCUCUGAAGGUGAGAGCCGGUCUAUCAGGACGCAGUGCUAAUGGCAAGAUGAAGGCUGAUGACCUGUCCUCGGAGGUAAGUGUUGUGCUGAAAGUGGACAACAGGAUAGUUGGCCGCACACACUGGAGACAGCUGGGCACUGAGGCCUGGGGCCAGAGCUUCAGCAUCGAACUGGAACGGUCCAGGGAGCUUGAAAUUGCUGUGUACUGGAGAGACUGGCGAGCAUUAAGUGGGCUGAAGUUCCUGCGCCUGGAGGACUUCCUGGAUAACCGCCGACAUGGCAUGUGUCUCCAGCUGGAGCCUCAGGGCGUCCUCUUCAUUGAGGUGACAUUUAUCAGUCCUGUCAUUGAGCGGCACUCCAAACUCCAGAGGCAGAGGAGAAUUUUCCCUAAAGAAAAAGGGAAGGACUUCCUGCGUGCUGCCCAGAUGAACAUGAACUUUGCCACUUGGGGACGUUUGAUGAUGAGCAUCCUGCCUCCCUGCAGCUCCCUGGAACCCAUGAGCCCUCCAUUAACUGGCACUAAUGCCGGCCCCACAUCAUCCACCACUUCUCCGGCAGGAGAAGCUGCUGUGGUGAGCCUAAAUUUUGCUGAUCAACAUCCUGGAAGAUCUCCUCAUCGCACAAGAAAGAACGCAAAGGACUCUCCACUGUCUCCUGGUGAGAACAAGAGCCCAAAGCCCCAACGCCAGCCCUCGAUUCAUCCAUCCACACGCAGGGAGGGAGGACUUCAGAUCGAAGACUUCAGCUGCAUUUCAGUUCUGGGAAGAGGUCACUUUGGAAAGGUGCUGCUAGCAGAGUUUAAGAAGACGGGCAAACUUUACGCCAUCAAAGCCCUGAAGAAAGGAGACAUCGUGACACGUGAUGAAGUCGACAGCCUCAUUUGUGAGAAGAGGAUCUUUGAAGUGAUCAACGUCUCCAAGCAUCCUUUCCUGGUGAACCUUUACGGCUGCUUCCAGACUGCGGACCACGUGUGCUUUGUGAUGGCCUACUCCCCCGGAGGAGACCUCAUGACGCACAUUCACAACAGCAUCUUCACUGAGAAACAGACCCUGUUUUAUUCCUCGUGCGUCCUGCUCGGCCUUGAGUUUCUCCACCAAAACAAAAUAGUUUACAGGGAUCUGAAGCUAGAUAACCUGCUAAUGGAUGCAGAUGGUUUUGUCAGGAUAGCCGACUUUGGCCUGUGCAAAGAAGGUAUGGGCCACGGCGACCGCACUUCAACAUUCUGUGGUACACCCGAGUUUUUGGCCCCAGAGGUGUUGACAGACAACAACUACACCCGCAGUGUGGACUGGUGGGGUCUGGGGGUCCUCAUCUAUGAGAUGCUGGUGGGGGAGUCUCCUUUCCCAGGUGAUGAUGAGGAGGAGGUGUUUGACAGCAUCGUCAACGAUGAUGUACGCUACCCUCGCUUCCUUUCUGCCCACUCUGUGUCCCUCAUUCAAAAGCUGCUGCAGAAAAAUCCUGAGAUGAGGCUUGGAGCAGGAGAGGAAGAUGCCUCACAGAUCAAAAGACACAAAUUCUUUCAGGGAAUGGACUGGGGGGCUCUCCUGGCCAAAAAGGUGAAACCUCCCUUCCUGCCCGUCAUCAGAGCGCCAAAGGACGUCAGUAACUUUGACAAUGAGUUCACUCGCCUCAAGCCAGUCCUCACCCUCCCACAAACAACCUGCGUCCUCACUGCCCAGCAGCAAGAAAUCUUUGCUGACUUUGACUUUUCCCUCCUAAGUUGACCGAAGGGAUUCACGCUCCGUGCUGCCACAUCACAGUGACUGACAGCUGCUGUUUCUACCUACCUUUUAUUUAAAUCUUCUGAUUCAUCAGAAGCUCAGAGACAACAGUCCUGCCGUUGUUCACACAGUUGCACAUGAUCUCAGCGGCCCGUUUACAACAACACAACACAAAGUCCUUCAAAUGCUCAGAAUCAGCUUGGCUUCAGCCUGUCGCACUUCACUGAUACUCACCGAGUCUGAUUUCAUGAUACAACAGUUUCUUUAGAACAUUUUCUUCUCUCUGCCAAAAUGAUUCUGAGCUAUUUCAUGUCGUUUCUGUCAUCAAACAGCAACAAGUGGAACAUUUACUUUUUUUUUUUUGCCAUUGGACAUUGAGCCAGUAAAACAUAUUAUACAAAUAUUUGUGAUCUUAAUGAAGAAUGAAUGAAUCGACUCUGAAGGCCACAGCUUUGAAUGUACUUCGUUAUUUAGUCGGAUGAUUAGUACUGUAUGUCCACCUGUUGUUUAAGGAAUUUAAGAUACUGAAAAUGUUAAUGUUAUUUUAUAUUCUUUUCCUAGAUCUUUCUCACGCAGUACAACUGGAUUGAGAUUUUUUAAAAUACUAUCAUGAAGAUUAUGCGUAUAAUGAAGAAACCAGCCUAUAUGUAAAGUGUAAACUACAUGAAAGAAAACCUUGAUGAAUAAAUUUAUAUCUGCUGGACUUUGAAUGACCAGGAAA